AUGGCAAACGCAAUCAUUCAAUCUUCCCAACUUGGGAUUGGAACUAAUGAUCAAGAUAGGAAUGUUUCCGGGAAAUUCGUUCAAACUCCCCCUGCACCUAAACCACUCAUGAAACUUAAUGUAGGAACUUCUCCUUCCGAGUUAGCGUCGGGCAAUUCACCUUCAUCAAGUAUCACUGCUAUCGAUAGGACACAGGAACAAAGGAGAUCAAGGCAGGAGAUAUCUUCAGACGACAACGAGAAAAUCCAAGACGACAGCGGGAAAACAAAGUACGAACAGUGGUAUCCUGGGGAUGCGACACAUGAUGGUCGACCAGCUUGGUGGAAUAGGUACUUUUGUUGUGGUUAUGGUUUAGGUUGUCUCUUGUGUCCGUGUGGAAGUUGGAAUUGCAAACAUGAGAGGAGUUAG